AUGGAGUGGCACCUUCUGGGACUGGCUCUUUGCGUCGGCUUGGUGCCCACUGCCUCUGCAGACUGUGCUGCUGAGUGUUCCACAUGUGCGCUGCACAGCCAGGAUCUGGAGAAGCCCAUCAGCCCCUUGAUCUGUUCCCUGGAGUGCCAGGGCUCCUUGCCGUCAGCCGGAGACUGGGAGGCCUGCAGGAAAGCUUUGUCUGGCUCGGCCCCUUUCCUGUUGGAAGAGCAGUCCAAGAGACUAUCCCAGGGGGAUGAAGACGAGCGGUCCAAUCCAGGCGGAAGCCCCACAUCGUGGGAGCUUUACGCCGGGUUGGUCAAACGUUACGGUGGCUUCACGCGGAAGCUGGAUAAGAACAAGAUCCUCUCUCUGCUGCGCGAGAACGCUCACCCCAAGGGCAUCAGCAAGAAGUAUGGCGGGUUCUUCCGCAAGAUAGGGGAGAGGUCAGCCUCCGAGCGGGGCGAAGGGGAGGAUUACCCGGAGGCCUUGGAGACUGGCGAUCUGGGCUACGCCGGGGAUGACUCAGAUCUGGGAUCUCUCAAGGAUGAGAUGAAACGUUAUGGGGGCUUCCUCCGCAAGUACCCCAAGAGAGGUUCAGAAGGGGCCGCCGCCGAGGAGGAGGACGGGCAGGCCGCGGAAGACCUGCACAAACGCUACGGGGGCUUCCUGCGCAGGAUCCGCCCAAAGCUCAAGUGGGAGAAUCAGAAGCGCUACGGCGGGUUCCUGCGGCGUCAGUUCAAGGUGACCACGAGGUCGGAGGAGGAGCCCAACGCCUAUUCAGGGGAAGUCUCCGACCUAUAG